ACCCAGCUGCUCGAGGCCCAGGCCCGCAUCGCCGAGCUCGAAACUCACGUCUUCCAGCUGAACCAAAAGGCCACCGCCGCCGUGGACCGCUGGGCGGACUACGAGGCCGAGCUGACCAGGCUGCGAGCCAUGCUGCCUUCGUCAACGCCCGAACAAUCUCACAGUCCCACCCGCUCGUCCUUCUUCCAGGCCGGCGCGACGAGGAUAUCCGCGCUGAUGUAUUCGCGUCGACCGCAGACCGCGAGCCCUCCGGCGGUACCCAGGGCCGCACCUCCUGUGACGCCGCCGCCGCCUGAACCGAGAGUGACGAUGAUGACGCCGACGACGAGAAAUAGCGGCCGCACGGCAGAAGACCUGCUUGAAGCUCUGAACAAGGAGCAGAUGCUGCGCAAGGCGGCAGAGGGCCGCCUCAACGAGACGAACAGGGAACUUGAGGAUCUCAGUGCGACGCUGUUUGAGCAGGCCAACGAGAUGGUGGCCACGGAGCGACGCGCGAGGGCGGCCCUGGAGCAGAAGGUGUCGGAACUCGAGCAGCGGGAUGUGGAGAAGAGGGUACGGCUAGACAAGCUGGAGCUAGCUAUGCAUCGAAUCGAAAAAGUCAAGACCCUGCUGAUAGAA